UAACCUCUAUGGCAGAACCCCGCUCGUUUCCACAGCGGAACCUUCAGCGAGCUUCCUGCUUCCACCCGGAACGGUUUUCGUAACCCUCGUCCGUGUGGAUGAACGACCCGCGGGUUUCUGUGCUCGGUGUCUCGUGCUGCUCCUGUCAUUUGAUUUCCAGAAUAAAAACUGUGGUUGGACGGGAAGAACAUCCGAUGAAGAGCUGCCAGGCUCUUGGAGAAUGCACAGAAUCCUGAUCCAAACCCCAUCAGAUGAAGACACAGAAUCCUGAUCCAAACCCCAUCAGAUGAAGACACAGAAUCCUCCUACAUGACUCCUGUCAUGAAUGCAUUCCUAAUUUGUUUGUACACAUGAUGGAGCUCUCAUCUCUUCUUCAGGAUCUUCAUCUUUCGUCCUCUGGGAAGCUCCUCCCCUCUCGUGAAGUCCCUCCAAUCACAGAGCUUCUGCCUCGCCUGCGGGAAAAGCUCAUUGCAGCAGCUAACAAACAGUCUGAAUCUCGCGCUCUGAUUGGCCAACUGGAGCAACUUUUCUUGACUGCAGAUCCUGAUUGGCUCUUUCCUCCAAUCAGGACGAACGAAUGGGUGGGGCUUAAAGCUGAGUAUGCCCAUCUGAUCAGAGCUCUGAUUGGCUGCGCGGCUCUGCCUCUCUGCAGCAAUGACUGCAGUUCCCUGAGCCCUGCAGCCUAUCAGAGCGUGCCGAGCCAGGCCACAGCGGUGUGCUCCGCCCUCACAGCAUUACUGCAAAACUAUGGGAAAGGGGGAGGAGUCAAAGGACCUGCAGCACAGCUGUUGCAUACUCUUGCUCCGCCCAUCUAUGUGUUUGCUGUCACACAUUUCCAGGAACAGGCAUGGACCUCCUCCUCCUCCAGGGACGGGGCGCAGCGCCUGCAAACGGUGCUCCUCAAGGUAGGGGGCUGGAAAGACUCCGCCCACCUCCUAGUGGGGAGCAAAGAGGAGGAGCACGAAGGAAUUCUAACAGGAGUUCUGGACAUCCUGCAGCCUCAGAUGAGCAAAGAUUCGUGGCAGCGCUGUGAGGCGGUGAAGCUGGUGUUCUCCUGGACUCUCCUGCAGGUGACCCGCCCCUCUCUGUCUCCACACCUCCACCGCCUGCUGCCCCCCUCCCUCCUUCUCAAUGACGACUACAGGCCAGAGAACUGCAUGCUGGGAGUUCGCUGUCUCCACCACAUCGUUCUCCACACAGCCGCUGCAGAUCUCCGUCACUUUAACCAAGCAGAGGUGGUGUACCAGGCUGUGUUCCAACAUCUCUACACCAACCAGGCAGCCGUCAUCCAGCUCAGUCUCUCCUGCCUCCUGGACCUCCUGCUGGUACUGGAGAAGCCCCCCUCCUCCCCUGAUCCCUCCUCCUCCCGCAGGAAGCCCUGUCGCCAUGACGACGUCCUGCGCUUGAUUCUUACUCACAUGGAGGUGGAGCAUAAGAUGGCGCUGCGGCGUGUCUACGCCUCAGCUCUGCCUCUUUACAUCGACAGGAUGGGCGUGGCCGUGUGCAGACACCUGAAGCGGCUGGAGCGGGUGCUUCUGGGAUACCUGGAAAUCAGCGAUUCGCCAGAGGAGACGAACCGUCUGAAGAUCCUGGACGUGCUGCAGAAGACGAUCAAAGCAGCAUGGCCACGGAUGGAGGCUCGCAGCCACGCCUUGCUGCUCUGCUUGCUGCGGCUGCUGGUGGACGUCUCCUCAGACCGUCAGCUGGGGGAAUCGGUCCGACGGGAACUGAUGGAUCAGACCGCCACCUCCCUCCGGCUGCUGGACGCCUGCUCGCACGGACGUGUGCAGGUGGGGCUCACCAGGAGCGGUCUGACAGUCAAUCACAGCUCAGGACUUCCUGUCUGCUCGUUCCUGUUGGAGUGACCUUUACUGGACUCUGCAGCAGCAUUACAGCAGCAUUAGUUUGAGACACGAUGAGCUCUUUGAGAAAAUCCACCUGGAAUGUCCUGGAUUUUCACUCCCUCUGCUGUCUCAGCUCCUCCUCCAGCAGGUCGACAGCAGCUGCUGCAGCUCAGACGUCCUUGGUUGCCUGGCAGCGGCGAUGGAGAAAUGAUGCAGCUGGACUGCCAGUCAGACAGCGGUGUGAAACCUGAAGAACGGACCUCAGCCCCCCGACACACACCGGGAGUUCCUCUGUGGCGGCGUUGGAGGCGGGCCACAGACUGGACAGGUGGUUCUCAAACGGCGUUUGAUAAUGUUAGCAGUUCCUAAAGGACGGAGGAACAUGUGAAGUUUGCAGAAACACUGUUCCAGUUUGUACUUGUAUUUAUUGAUCGAGCCUCAAUGGUUUGGUCCUUUCAACAUGUUAACGUUUGUGGAUUUAAUGUUUGACCACAACAAUAAAAAGUUUUCAGUUCA